AGCGUCCUCGGUGCGCAUGCGCGCUCUGGGCCGGGCUUGUUUUCCAAACCUCGCGUCUUCGUGCUUUGUCGUUUACCUCCGUAGCUAGUUGUUGCUCGUCUGGGAUCUGAACGGUGAUUGACAAUAAUGGCGACGCGUCUAAUCUGAGUUGACUCCCGGGAACCGUCUCUGGCAGACAAAGGGGGCGCAUCGCGUGGAUCCUCGUCACCACACGCAACAACAUUAAAGGCAUUUCUCUCAACGGGAGACGCUCGCGAGUCCGAAAAGGUCUUAUGUUGCUAGCACUGCGAAAGCUAGCGACUCUAGCUAGCUUGCUAAGUUGAAGAGGUGGCAUUCUUCUCCUGUGUGGAGUGGAGGAGAGGGGCAGCAGGCUCGCUCUGUACUGAGUUCUGGCUCAACUAACAAUGCGGCUGCUUGGUAGCAUUUUAGGGUAGUUGUUUUUUUUAAUCAAAAGCACAGACCCGAGAGCCACGGGGUCACGCUUGACGUUAGCUAAGCAGUUGGGAUAGUUUUAGAAGGGGUCCAGCACCUCCUUGGGUAACUAGCGUACUUAGCUAGCAGCUAGGCUAGCUUUGUGGCUCUCUUGUUUGGACUUGCUCGCACUUGCAUCCAGAGACCAGCCGCCAGCGCGUAUAAGGAUUCCUGUGGCUUUGUUCGACACCUUCGUAAAUGACCACCGGCAGGAAUAACCGCGCUAUGAUGGAAGGAGUCGGUGCCAGAGUGGUCCGUGGACCGGACUGGAAGUGGGGGAAGCAGGAUGGUGGAGAGGGUCAUGUUGGCACCGUGAGGAGUUUUGAAAGUCCAGAGGAGGUGGUGGUUGUCUGGGAUAAUGGGACAGCAGCUAACUACCGCUGCUCCGGAGCGUACGACGUCCGGAUAUUAGACAGCGCUCCAACAGGAAUCAAGCAUGAUGGAACCAUGUGCGACACCUGUCGUCAACAACCCAUCAUUGGUAUACGCUGGAAAUGUGCUGAGUGCACCAAUUACGAUCUCUGCACUACUUGUUACCAUGGAGACAAGCAUCAUUUGAGGCAUAGGUUCUACAGGAUAACCACCCCAGGCAGUGAGAGAGUACUUCUGGAGUCACGGCGCAAAUCAAAGAAAAUCACAGCCCGAGGGAUCUUCGCUGGUGGCAGGGUGGUGCGAGGUGUGGACUGGCAGUGGGAAGACCAGGAUGGAGGCAACGGGAGGAGAGGGAAGGUGACAGAGAUCCAGGACUGGAGUGCAGCCAGUCCUCACAGCGCUGCCUACGUAUUGUGGGACAAUGGGGCCAAGAACCUGUACAGAGUUGGCUUCGAGGGAAUGUCGGACCUUAAAUGUGUCCAGGAUGCCAAAGGAGGCUCUUUCUACAGAGAUCACUGUCCUGUUCUAGGUGAGCAGAAUGGCAAUAGAAAUCCUGGCGGUCUACAGAUUGGAGACCUGGUCAACAUAGACUUGGACCUAGAGAUUGUCCAGUCCCUUCAACACGGCCAUGGCGGGUGGACUGAUGGCAUGUUCGAAACCCUCACCACUACGGGCACAGUAUGCGGCAUCGACGAGGACCAUGACAUCGUCGUCCAGUACCCCAGUGGCAACAGAUGGACGUUUAACCCAGCUGUGCUGACAAAGGCCAACGUCGUGCGCAGUGGGGAAGUUGCAGCAGGGGCAGAAGGAGGCAGCUCUCAGUUCCUGGUGGGAGACCUGGUCCAGAUUUGUUACGACAUCGACCGCAUCAAGCUGCUGCAGAGAGGCCACGGAGAGUGGGCCGAGGCGAUGCUGCCUACCUUAGGAAAAGUGGGCCGUGUGCAGCAGAUCUACUCUGACAGUGACCUGAAGGUGGAGGUUUGUGGAACGUCUUGGACGUACAAUCCUGCCGCCGUCACCAAGAUCGCCCCCUCUGGCUCUGCGGUCAGCAACGCCUCUGGAGAGCGUUUGUCUCAGUUGUUGAAGAAACUUUUUGAGACACAAGAAUCUGGAGACAUCAACGAGGAGCUGGUCAAGGCAGCAGCCAAUGGAGACCUGGCCAAGGUGGAGGAUAUUCUUAAGAGACCAGAGGUGGAUGUGAACGGGCAGUGUGCUGGACACACCGCCAUGCAGGCGGCCAGUCAGAAUGGUCACGUGGAUGUUCUAAAGCUGCUGCUUAAACACAGUGUGGACCUGGAGGCUGAGGACAAAGAUGGUGACCGGGCAGUGCACCACGCAGCCUUUGGUGAUGAGGGGUCUGUCAUUGAGGUGCUGCAUAGGGGCGGCGCCGACUUGAACGCCAGGAACAAGCGAAGGCAGACUCCAUUGCACAUAGCUGUCAACAAAGGCCACUUGCAGGUGGUCAAAACCUUGCUGGAUUUUGGCUGCCACCCCAGCCUCCAGGAUUCAGAGGGGGACACGCCUCUGCACGAUGCCAUAAGCAAGAAGAGAGACGACAUGCUGUCCGUGCUGCUGGAAGCUGGUGCUGAUGUCACCAUCACCAACAAUAAUGGGUUUAACGCCCUGCAUCACGCCGCCCUGCGAGGAAACCCCAGUGCCAUGCGUGUGUUGCUGUCCAAGCUGCCCAGGCCGUGGAUCGUAGACGAGAAGAAGGACGACGGUUACACCGCACUGCACCUGGCCGCCCUCAACAACCAUGUGGAGGUGGCCGAGCUGCUGGUGCACCAGGGAAAUGCCACUUUAGACAUCCAGAAUAUCAACCAGCAGACGGCAUUACACCUGGCAGUGGAGCGCCAGCACACUCAGAUCGUCCGGCUGCUGGUGCGAGCUGAGGCCAAGCUUGAUGUGCAGGACAAGGACGGGGACACACCUCUUCACGAAGCACUGCGUCACCACACACUGUCCCAGCUGCGACAGCUCCAAGAUAUGCAGGAUGUCAGCAAAGUGGAGCCCUGGGAGCCUUCCAAGAACACAUUAAUCAUGGGCUUGGGCACCCAGGGGGCUGAGAAGAAGAGCGCCGCAUCCAUCGCCUGCUUCCUGGCGGCCAAUGGAGCAGACUUGACUAUUCGUAACAAGAAGGGCCAGUCCCCUCUGGACCUGUGUCCGGACCCCAGCCUCUGUAAGGCCCUGGCCAAGUGUCAUAAAGAAAAGAGCAGCCAGGUGGGCACCCGCAGCCCGUCUCUGAACAGCAAUAUCGAGUCGCUGGAGGAGUGCAUGGUUUGUUCAGACAUGAAGAGAGACACUUUGUUCGGACCCUGCGGGCACAUCGCCACCUGCUCCCUCUGCUCGCCGCGGGUCAAGAAGUGCCUCAUCUGCAAGGAUCAGGUCCAGUCCAGAACAAAGAUCGAGGAGUGCGUCGUGUGCUCUGACAAAAAAGCGGCCGUGUUGUUCCAGCCCUGUGGCCACAUGUGCGCUUGUGAGAACUGUGCCAGCCUCAUGAAGAAGUGCGUACAGUGCCGGGCUGUGGUGGAACGCCGCACCCCCUUUGUCCUCUGCUGUGGAGGGAAAGGUAUGGAGGAUGAUGCCGAUGAUGAUGAUGAUGAUGAUGAUGAUGACCUUACAGGGAGCUCUAACACUAUGGCAGGGGGAUCGCAGGAUCUUCUCCAGCCCAACAAUCUGGCACUAAGUUGGUCCAGCGGGAACAUCCCUGCCCUCCAGAGGGACAAGGAUAACACCAAUGUCAACGCUGAUGUGCAGAAGCUACAACAACAGCUCCAAGACAUCAAGGAACAGACCAUGUGUCCGGUGUGCCUGGACCGGCUGAAGAACAUGAUCUUCAUGUGUGGCCACGGCACCUGCCAGCUGUGCGGGGACCGAAUGAGCGAGUGCCCCAUCUGCCGCAAGGCCAUCGAGCGCCGCAUCCUCCUCUACUAGCUCCCCCGCCAGGUCCCCCCUCCAAACUCUUAACGCGUGCACCACCACAUCGGCCACGCCGCCCGCCUGUCGGCCAGCCAAGGCCGGCCUCACAUGUCUUAUUCAGCACACGACAGUCCAUCCGACUGUGUUCACGUGGAAUUUACAUAACAAGGAAAACAUGAACUUCGUUUUGUUUGAUGGUCCAGAAAGAAAGAUCUGUGUCACUGCUCCUUUCUCCCCCCGUUCACCUGUUCUCACCUGAUACAUGGAUCUUGUUUUUAUCUACAAGUUGGUGAUUGCACCAUCAGACUCACGGUUUUGGAUAUGAACUUACGGGCAAAAGCCCAAGUUUGGAUGUCACUCUGAAAGCGCUCUGACUGAGCAAACUCAAACUGCAGAGGAGGCCGCGUCGUCCGCUACACGCUGAAGGUCCCACGCGUCCGUCGCCGUCGAGGCCAGCUGCGGGUUUUACUGUAUCUGUAAAGCUUUAUGCAAGUGUUCUGGUAUUGGAAGCUCCACAUGUGGAUUUUAAGUACUUACCUUCAUGACAGUAUGGCAAGUUUGUGACACAUUACUGUUCCAGUGAGUGUUGUAGCUUCAUGUCGUGAUCCACUGUAUGCAGACGUUGGGCGCUUUUGCACUAGAAACGCUGGGUCAGAAUGGAAGCUCCUUCACACGCCGACUCCAGGGGUCGACCAGUGUGACUGCCAUGUAGCACGACACGCCCAUGCUUUGUUUACCGAGCUGUAACAAGAACGGUGACUCUCACUGACUCAUUCGGCUUCCGCCCUGUUCUACACGCUGACCCACGCAAUGCAAACGCUUCAAGACCUCGUCACAACUGAUGUUACAUUGUUGAAGAAUCGAUGGUAUUGUCUGACAAUAUUUCCGAUCGCUGAUCUAGCGUUGGUGACUCCAUUUGGUGCCAUUUGCUUCCAAACCUAGUGUGGGGAUACUCUUUAUCUUGUAUUACAGUUUAAUUUAAGUGUAUUUCCUUUUCUGUAAAAAGAAAAAAAAACAAAAGUCAACAUUUAUGGAGCUCGAGAGAGAGAGAAUCUAUGAAAACACUAAGAUUAAAAUGUAGACUAAUUUAUUUUCUAUCGCUGCCCCAUAAAAAUAGGAUUUACAGGUUUCACUGCCUUCUUCAUAUGUAGCCUCGAGAUCUCUCCAACAUUCUGCUUUGAUAUAAAUGUUGAGAAACUUGUCAAAUGUUUUUGUUUGGUUUUGAUCGGCAGCAGCUUUCUAGUAACUGUCAGUAAAGGCUUUUUUUUCUCUAAAGUAGGUCUGUAAACCUAAUUUUCUUUGUGCAACUAAAAACAGUGUCCGGUCUCCUUUAGCAGUGUUUCCUUUGGGAGGUCAGAACCUGCCUUGCCUCAGCGGCCUGUGUGGAGGCUCAUCCAGGUGCCCGUUGUCUUUGCUAUGUAGGAAUCUGCAUAAAAGCGUUUUUCUCCUUUGUUUUUCUGUUUAGGACUGAGCGACCUUUGACCUUUUGAGCUUCUGUUCUUUCCACUGACAUAAGCUACGAGCACUAAUAUGCUUCAUGGCAGUGUUGUCGCGCUAUGGUUGUUAUGAAAAAGCCGUUUUUUAUUCACCAGUACCUGUAGCUGUCCUGUUAAAAGCGCAUCUGUAGUGUUUCCUUUGGCAUGAAUGUCUGACACAUGCAGCUCGACACGUAUCAUGAAAACUGUUGGGUCUGUAUCGCUAAUAAGUGCUUUUAAAGACAACAACAUAGCUGAAAUAAAGUUGUAAAUGAAC